AUGAAGCCUCGCUGCACGCAUGAGUGUGGCAGAUGCACGCCGCAGCCACAGAUCGGCCGCCGCGCUGCGCAGCAUGCUUUCGCAGUGUGGAGAACAUGCGCUGAUGAGAGACAUAGGCCGUCUCAGAAGCCCAGCGACGACUUAUACCUGAACUUCAAGGCGAACUUUCCGGCACUCAACCCAUCGUCUUCAGGCACGAACGCAUCCGCGCAGGUUGCGACCUCACUAGCGGAAGCGCUUGAUGUUCCGCUACACUCACGUGCAAUUGAUACCCACCCGAGCGAUAUAAAGGAUGCCGACUCUACCCCACGAGGAUCGAACGAACCGUGGCGCUUUGGCCCUUCUGGAUUGACUCCUUCCAUGAUGGACCCAAACAGUCACACGUUCAACAUGUUUGCCAACCAGAUGCCUGGCUACUACACGCCAACACCAGGCGGUACUAACACGCUGUAUCACAAUCAAGCCGGCGACCUUCACACACCUGGCUUCACCAUGGGCCUAGGAACGCCCCUUUCGAUGCCGACUUCAGAAAGCGCCUUGCACGCAGGCCAGGGAAGCGCUGUCUUUCAACCAUAUCAUACCCAUUUGCCGCAACUUCUCAAUCAGCCUGCUUAUCAUAAUAUCAAUCCUUUCCAUCUGCAACACCAGCCGGCUUACGCUCCGGAUGCUUUCGCGCAUCAACCGACUUACGAUUCGCUCGACGGGCCAGUAGUUGAGACAACUCCGGUGGACGACAAUCUCAUGGAUGUUCCGAUGCAACAUUCUGGGUCGCCGGAGAUGCUAUUCCGUCCUCAGACCAUGGCGCACGCCUUGCACCCGUCUCGCCUACAUCCGACAGGGGACAGCUUCCGGUAUCACGCUACGCUCAAUGCACCUACGGCUAUGAUUAAGCAUGCCGACGAAAUACCCGUAACCUACCUGAACAAAGGGCACGCUUACACCCUUACGGUUGUGGACACACAGAUAUCACAGCCCGCGACAGCGACAAAGUACCGUACUUUCGUCCGUGUCUCAUUUGAAGAUGAACAACAGCGACUGAAGCCUGCUGCCUGUUGGCAACUGUGGAAAGAGGGGCGUGGUACCAACGAAGCCCACCAAAGAGGCGGCCGUUUGCAGGCUGUUGAGUUCGUGGAGCCCGGCCAGUUCAGCAAUGCCGAGGAUCUCAGCAGACCAUGCGUUGAGCUCGAGAGCGCUUCCUUUGACGGCUUUUGCGUCGUCUGGAGUCCGCCAGCUGGAAGUUCCGAGUGCGCUAUCUCGGUUCGCUUCAACUUUCUAUCCACAGAUUUCAGUCAUUCCAAGGGCGUAAAAGGCAUCCCGGUCCGACUUUGCACGAAGACUGAGUUGCUUGGAGAACAUUCUGCUCCCUCAUUGAACUCCGCAAAGCCAGAAGUCUGCUAUUGCAAGGUCAAGCUAUUCCGCGACCACGGUGCGGAGCGUAAGCUGUCGAACGACGUUGCUCAUGUGAAGAAGACAAUCGACAAGAUCAACCAGCAAAUCACACAAAUCGAAUCGGGCAUGAGAGACCUUGGGAAGCGCAAGCGCGGUUCGAUUGCGCGAGUCGGUGUUGAUGACAGACCUGGUAAAGUGCUGAAGCACCGACGGACAUGGUCACUGUCUUCAGUCACGUCGACGGGGGGCAGGGGCAGCGCAGAAGAAGAUUUACACGUGAAACUUGUCACGCUGCAGGAUAUGUUCACCUCGACGAGGCCGAUCAGUGUGCUCUAUCUGCGUGGAGACGAUCAAGAUGACCCGGACCUGUACCCGGUGAAGCUCUCUGGUGAGACGUUGGCUUUGAUACGCACUGACACCGCAGAAUCUACCGCGUGGGACCAGCAAAGUGCGCAUACUGGUCCACCGUCCUCACUGGUCUCGCCGAGCCCAAGCUCACAGUCAUUGUCCGGCAGUCGUCGUGACUCGAACCUUCAACAGCCGACGCCAUUUGGCGGUCCUUCUCGCGUCAACUCGAGUGAGUGGCGCAGCAACCCGCAAACUGCCCUCACGGACAUGCAGCCAGCAGUACCACAGCAGCUGGCAAGCCCGUUAGAACAUCAGCAGCCAGUAAAGGUACAAACGCUGUCUCCGAAUGGUAAUAGCAUGCCUGGCUGGGUUGAGGCAAUCGGCGUGGAUCCUGCAUAUGAGCCCCCGCCACCACGCGCGGUCAAACCUGUCGCUUGCUUCUACGUGCAGCCGCGUGUUGCAGAGCGCGCGACUAAGGACCACUAUUACCGAGCCGUCUACCUGAUGCAACGUACCCUGAAAGACUUCGUCAAUUCUCUGGCUAUGAAGUGCGAUAUCGAGCCGACCUCAGUCUUACGAACAGUACGAAUCAGCAGGCAUGGAUUACAUAUUCUCUUCGACGAAGAGUGCAUUCGCGAGCUCCCAGAAGGUCAAGACAUGACUGCAGAGUUCUGCGAGAUCCGUCCAGACUCUCCGAAUAGGAUGAGGAGGGAGUGGGAUGCAGGCCCAACCGACAUCCAAUGCGAUGGCGACGUCCCAACGGUGCACAACACAUUCUCUUCCGGCUACGAGCUUCGACUUCUCUUCUAA